AGGCUGGCGUGGCGACCGGAGCGGCGCGAGGUGAGGCGGGGCGGGGCUUGGCUGUGCUCGGUGGCUCAGCGAGGGGAGCCGUGAGGCCGGCCUGGUGCCGGGAAUGGGGGGCCCACCGCGGCUGCGGCCGCUCCCCUGGCUGCUGCUGCUACUCCUCGUGGCCGCGCCCUUCGCCUCGCCGGAGCCGGAGCCCGGCCAGGAGCGAGAGCCUGCCCCACCGCCCCAGCAGGACCAGCAGAAGCCGCCGCCUCCGCAACAUCCGGCCGUGCAGGGCCCGGAGCUCGCCAGGGCCGAGAAAGGAUCUACUCAAGUUGCCCCAGAUCAUUCUGUCAAUGGAGACUCUCUGGAGAAGACCAACCUGGGAUUUAUCCAUGCAUUUGUGGCUGCCAUAUCGGUCAUCAUUGUCUCUGAACUUGGGGAUAAGACUUUCUUUAUUGCAGCCAUCAUGGCCAUGCGUUACAAUCGCUUGACAGUGCUGGCUGGUGCAAUGCUGGCCUUGGGAUUAAUGACAUGUUUAUCAGUUUUAUUUGGUUACGCUACCACAGUUAUCCCUAGAGUGUACACAUACUACGUGUCAACUGCACUGUUUGCAAUCUUUGGCAUCCGAAUGCUUCGAGAAGGUUUAAAGAUGAGCCCGGAUGAAGGUCAGGAAGAACUGGAGGAAGUUCAAGCAGAACUCAAGAAGAAAGAUGAAGAACUCCAGAGAACGAAGUUGUUAAGUGGGCCGGGAGAUGUGGAAACAGGCGCAGGCCCCAGCUUGCCUCAGAAAAAAUGGCUACACUUUAUUUCUCCAAUUUUUGUGCAAGCCUUUACGCUAACUUUCUUAGCAGAAUGGGGAGACCGCUCUCAAUUAACUACCAUAGUUCUGGCAGCAAGAGAGGAUCCCUAUGGUGUGGCAGUUGGCGGAACAUUUGGACAUAGUUUAUGCACUGGUCUGGCAGUGAUUGGAGGAAGAAUGAUAGCACAAAAAAUCUCUGUUCGGACUGUGACAAUCAUAGGAGGCAUUGUUUUCUUAGCAUUUGCAUUCUCUGCACUAUUUAUAAGUCCAGAAGCUGGUUUUUAACAAGGUGUUUUCCGAUUUCCUUGGGAAAAAAUGAGGACUAGGAGCAAGAAUGAGGACUAGGAAUAACCAAACCUAUCUCUGGUAUUCUGUAUAUAAUGUACAGUGGUAGGGAAAUGAGCACUGAUGAAGAGAUGCUGCAACUACUAUAGUAACAAUUUGGGACACUCUGACUAUGCCCGUGAUGGAGAAUCCCUGUCUAUAUAUAUAUUUUUACAUGGGGUGCUCGUACAGUGUGUUCUUGCCCAAGCAAACAAAGAUCGGCCUCCUGAAAUACAGGGAUUGCUACUCCCAUCUCUUCACCACCACUGGUUCUCAUUCUGGAUGGAUGAAUUGCUGCUGCGGCGAGACUAGCACUUAUGCCUUAUGAACUGUCCAGUGGAAAGUAUUGGAGAGAACUCUGCCAAGCACAUGAUCCCACAAUCAAACAUCAGAACCGAGAGAACUGCGAACUACUCACGUAACUGACUGCCACGAAUUGGUGGCUUGAGACCAGUUUGGGGGACGGGGGUGGGGGAAAGAGACAGAAUCAGAAUAUUUUAGUAUGUAGUAAACUCAUUUGGAAUAUGAUUUUUUCAAUAUAUAAUGUAUCUGGUUGUUUACUACCUCCAAACCUGUUUUGCAUUAUGACCCCCAAAGCGAUCUGCAUUUCCAAAUCGAAGUACUUAACUGUGUUCAUCGUCUUUUCAGCAACUGAAAAAUGUAAUAUGGAAAAAUGAAUAAAUCAGAUGUAACUGACUGAAUUUAGAUGAAAAUAUGUUUGCAAGUAAAUUAUUGUCAUUCAGUUUUGCUUUAUAUCUGUGUUUAUUCCUGACCAUUUGGAGAAAUAACUUUUAUGACUUAAUUUGAUGUAGACUUUCCCCGAGUUUCCUGCACAGUCAGUACUGUAAAUGACUUUUGUAUUUGUUGAGUAGUCUGAAUAAUUUGACCUUGUGUUCCUUACUCUUGAUUUCAAAUCCUGCUGUUAAGACUUUGUAGGUAGCUGCAGUAACAUGGUAUUCAACUAGUUUACAGCAUAAGCAUAACUGUAGAACUUAAGGAAUGGAUUGGUGGUUUGAAAUGAAAAAUCUUUCCCCAAGCAGUUGCUCUUAAAUUUGCUCGUGGGUUUAAGCACAUCAUCUUACAACUGCCAAGUAAGAGGUGAGAUUCAGUAGCCAAAGAGCAUAUCAUGUUACUGUACAUGACAGUCCAAGAUGGAAAACAUUUACUUGAAAAAAAUAAACUCAUUUAUGGCUCAUUUA